UUCGGACUCAGAUCGCAACCAACAGUUGAGUUGAAUUGAGCUCGAAUUGUACUCGAUUCACCACACAGAGGAAUCAAAUCGAAGCAGCCAUGGCUCUCGUGGAGGGAAACAACGGCGUGUCGGGGGGAGCGGUCAGCUUCAGCGAGGAGCAGGAGGCGCUUGUGCUCAAGUCGUGGGCCAUCAUGAAGAAGGAUUCCGCCAACAUUGGACUCCGCUUCUUCUUGAAGAUCUUCGAGGUCGCGCCGUCGGCGAGCCAGAUGUUCUCGUUCCUGCGCAACUCCGACGUGCCGCUCGAGAAGAACCCCAAGCUCAAGACCCACGCCAUGUCCGUCUUCGUCAUGACAUGUGAGGCCGCCGCGCAGCUGCGGAAAGCCGGGAAGGUCACCGUGAGAGACACCACCCUGAAGAGGCUCGGCGCCACGCACUUCAAGUACGGCGUCGGAGACGCCCACUUUGAGGUGACGAGGUUCGCGCUGCUUGAGACGAUCAAGGAGGCGGUUCCGGUGGACAUGUGGAGCCCCGCGAUGAAGAGCGCGUGGAGCGAAGCCUACAACCAACUGGUCGCGGCCAUCAAGCAGGAGAUGAAGCCUGCUGAGUGAUAUAUAUACUGCUCCACCUCCAUGAUCCUCGCUGAUCAACUUUGUUGCAUUGUGCUCGUUCAAUAUUCCUCGCCCCACAAAAGGGACUUUUGUCGGUGUGUGUAUGUCCAAAUGAUUAAAUCAACUGCUGUUUUGUUCUAUGUAAGAUACAUAACUCAUAAAUAAAGAUGGUUUUCUACAUGCCGUU